AUGGAACUUAAGUACAAAUUUGAAGAAGGAAAAUUUACAGAAGGUCCAAAUGGAAGAAUAAAUUACUCAUUAUCAUUCCCAAACGUUGAAAAAACAGCAUAUAAUGGCCCUUUGGUAAUUUGUUUUCAUGGAUUACUUAGCUCAAUUUCAUCUUUCAAGAAGUUGGAAACUGAGUGCUUAAAGACAGGGUUAGCAGUAUUGAGAAUAGAUAUGCCUGGCCACGGGCUAUCUUCUUGGAGCUACUUUGGAAGUUUGACUAGCGAUGAUUUUAUUAAUCAAGUGGAUACGGUCCUGAUAAAUUUGGGUUUGGAGAAGUUAUUUUUAUAUUUAGUUGGAAUUUCUAUGGGGGGUUUAAUGACCUUAUACUAUGCAGGGGCUCAUCCUGAGAAAGUACUUAAGGUAGCUUCUCUGUGCCCAGCUUGUUUUUGUAGACCACUUUCAACAUUGCAAAAAAUGGUUGUAAAGAAUAUUCCAGGAGUUUUCAGAUUCUUUGAGAACUCACUUCCAUUGUACUUGUUCGUUACUAGAGAUGGCAUAUUAGAUGAUUACUAUGAUCCUGAAAAGAUCAAUCCAGAAGCUAUUGAUUUAAGAUAUUUUAGGCACAGAUAUUAUGGAAGACAACUAAGAUCAACUUUUGGCAGAGUAGUAACAGGCUUUGAUUUCUGGGAAAAUGACCAAGCUCUUAAGGUAUUUAUGGAUAAAUACAUUUCAAUAAGGGGAGUUACCGGUGUAUGCUUUUUUCUAGGUUUGCAUGAUGAGAUGGUUCCUACUGACAUUAUAAUUCCAAAACUCAAAAACACAAUACCAAAAGCAAGAGCGAUAAUUUAUCAAAAUUGUAAACAUCAGCUCUUAGAAGAGGGUAAUAACAUUAUUAAUGAUAUAGUUAAUUAUUUUUAUUCUAAUUCAGAGUCUGAAUACUGCAAGAUCGGUUUAGCAAUAGAUUCUAUUAGAAUUCAAGAUAACGUUCAAAAAUAA